AUGGUGCUCUCAGAUUACACCUACGUCUUCGUCAUCGGCACAUUCUUUGCGAUGCUCGAUGCCUAUAACAACGGUGCAAACGAUGUCGCCAAUGCAUGGGCCACCAGCGUCUCCUCGAGAUCCAUCUCAUACAGACAGGCCAUGGUAUUCGGCACCAUAUUCGAAAUGCUAGGAGCCAUAACCGUCGGCGCACGAACGGCAGAUACAAUCAAGAACGGCAUCAUUCCCAACUCGGCAUUUAAGGGCGAUGCCAACGUACAGAUGCUUGCUUUCACCUGUGCCCUGGCAGGUGCUUCGACUUGGGUCAUGUGGUGCACUCGCCACUCAGCUCAUGUCUCCUCGACCUAUUCCUUGAUAUCUUCCGUGGCCGGCGUAGGGGUCGCUACCGUGGGAGCCUCUAAGGUGCAAUGGGGAUGGAAUAACGGCAAAGGUCUCGGUGCUAUCUUCGCAGGCUUGGGCAUGGCUCCCGCCAUCUCAGGCGGCUUUGCAGCGACCAUCUUCAUGCUCAUCAAGGUCAUCGUGCAUAUGCGCAAGAACUCUGUCCCGUGGGCUAUCUAUACUGCGCCGUUCUUCUUUCUCAUCGCGGGAACCAUCUGCACGCUCUCGAUCGUCUACAAGGGCUCGCCCAACCUCGGUCUGAACAAGAAGCCGUCCUGGUACGUGGCGUCCGUUACCAUGGGUACUGGCGCCGGCGUCUGCCUCCUCUCGGCUCUCUUCUUCGUCCCGUUCGUCUACGCGAAGGUCAUUCAAAAGGACCACAGCGUCAAAUGGUACCACUUUCUCCAAGGCCCCCUGCUCUUCAAGCGCCCCGCCCCUGCCGAAGCCGACCGUGCAAACGUACCCAACUACGCUGUCGUCCAAGAGGAUGACCAGCCAGAAAUUGAGACGCGGUCGCCAUCCUUCAGCGACUCCGACGACAACAACACUAAAGGCGCCGAUGCUAUCGUAUCCGCCGAUAGUGAGAAAGGCGCCGUUGUCACCGAGACCAAGCAACUCACCUAUAAGGAGCUUGUAGCCCAGGGCGAGGAGCGCUUCCACGCGAGGCUCAGGGCCAAGCGUGGGCCCCUUGGCUGGGCUAUGCGCUUGUUGCACGAGAAUCCCAUGGCGGCCGGCGAGAUCUACGAAUGGCACAACAUGAAGAUUCUCUGCAAGCGUAUUCCCGCCAUGAUUGUUGUGGGUGCUCUUUAUGGCCUGCACUACGAUAUUCAUGCGGCACAGACUGGUAUCGCUGGUACGCCGGAAGGUGCUCGCAUGCAGCGCGUGUAUGCGGCUGCGGAGAAGUAUCCCAACGAAGUUGAGCAUACGUACUCGUUUGUUCAGAUUCUUACUGCUUGCACUGCGUCUUUCGCCCAUGGUGCUAACGACAUCGGUAACUCUGUUGGUCCCUGGGCUGUCAUUUACUCCGCGUGGCACACCGGCAACGCGGCGGCGUCGAAAGCUCCAGUCCCCGUCUGGCAGCUUGCCGUUCUGUCUGCCACCAUCUCCCUUGGUCUGAUCACCUACGGCUAUAACAUCAUGAAGGUUAUGGGCAACAAGAUCACUUACCACUCUCCCAGCCGAGGCUGCUCGAUGGAAAUGGGCGCCGCCAUCACCGUCCUGCUUUUUUCGCAGUACUCCCUCCCCGUCUCGACAUCUAUGUGCAUCACUGGCGCCACCGUCGGCGUCGGCCUGUGCAACGGCACCUUCAAGGCUGUUAACUUCCAGCGUGUAGGUCUGCUUAUGCUGUCUUGGGUCAUGACGAUCCCUGUUGCGGGGACUAUUGGCGGUGUGCUAAUGGGCAUUAUCCUUAAUGCGCCGCACUUUAAGUCGUAG